AUGGACACACUCAAGAGGAGAAAACAGGCUCUGCAGGAGGUGGCGACGAUCUCUGGGCCAUGUGACCCACAGGGGUUGUUUUCCGGCUAUGUUGUACGACGGGAGCCUGUCAAGUUUAGUGGGGUUGAAUGUGAGGUGGAAAGUGAAAAAUUUCAGGUUGAUAAAAUAGUCGAUUAUUUGGGGUAUGACGGACCUCUCAAGGUGGAGCGCCGGGAUGCCCACGGGUUUGGGGGUGGACGGGAAAGACAGGAGAUGUUUUUGGGGGAAUUGGUGGAAAAGUUGAAAGCCGACGACAGCUAUUACUUGACGACGCAGUAUGAAAGGGAGGAAAAUCAGGAAGGGGAAAUGGAAAAUCAACAGGAAAGCGAAGAAGAAAGUGAAGAUGAGAGUGAAGAUGAGGAAGAAAGUGAGGAGGAAAUUGAGGCUGGAGUCAAUGGAGAAAGUAAACUUAAUGUCACAAAGUCUGAAUUGUCUGGAUUGAAGUCUGAGUUCACUGAGCCUGACGGCUCCGAUAACGAAAGUGACAGCUCAUUUUCCGGCUCAUUCUCGGGCUCCGUCGACGACUACAUCGACCUUUCUCCCGAAGAAAUCCACUACAGAGUCAAAGAACUUUUUCAGCCUCCGCUCACUCCUCAGAAACUUCCCAUUUCUCCAUCGUUGUUUCCCACACUUAUUCCCCAACAGAUCAACCUUUGGAUGGGCCGGUGCAACAAGCGAGAACAACCCUUCAAGCUCAACGAGUCCCUACCUGAUUUGGGCUUGGGUAGGUAUGUUCCCAAUGGACAGUCGUCUGGUCUUCACCAUGACCAUGCUGACAAUCUCUACAUUCUCGUUUCUGGUCGCAAAAGAUUCACGAUUUUCCCUCCAGCUUCGGGCCCCAGUCUUGCCACCGUGGGAACUAUAAGAAAAAUCUACGAUAGCGGCAUCAUCGACUACGAACACGACAAAAAUGCUCCACUUUGGAGACACAUUCGAGACGACGGAGCAUUAGAAACGGAAGUUUUACGGUGGAAAAGUGACCGCCGGGAGAAGAUAGACGAGUCUGUGAUACUUGAGGAGGAGGAGAGACUAAACCAAACAAAAGACUCUUCGAAUUCCUCGAGUUCUUCACCCCCGUCGUUCAGCACCAUUCCUCCCGCACUUUUACACAUUGAUGAAUUUGACGAAAAAAUUCAAAAACGUCUCGCGGAUUUCGCGAACAAAACCUACCCCGAACUACUCACCACCUCUCGCUACACAGUAUGGCUACAAAAGGGAGAUAUGCUUUAUCUUCCCGCAGGCUGGUUUCAUGAAGUUACCAGUUUUGGUGAUAAUGACGAUAAUAUUCACAUUGCCAUCAAUUAUUGGUUUGCACCUCCCAAUGCUCAUAGCUUCGAAGCCCCAUACAAGGACAAUUACUGGCUGAGCGAUUUUGCACGGACUCGAGAGGCAGUUAGUGAAUGGAAAAUAAAUCAGAAAUCCUGA